CAGCUAUAAACAUGUAAGUGGGUUAAAUUAUAUUCUUAUCACAGUAAAUCAAAAACAAGUAAACUUUUACAGCGGAAAAUGCACAACUAGUGUAAGCUGCAACCAAAACAGACAAAUACACCUACUCGAAAUAUGGAUUCCAGAAUGACGUUUGGAUCAUUGCUCUUGGUAGUAAAUGUGGUCAUCUUUGCUGUCUUCAUCCAACAGAAGUUCUUUAGUGGGGAUAAACUUGAAUCCAAACUGGUGAAGCAAAUCGACGCAACAUACGAUUAUAUAAUAGUGGGGUCUGGAUCUGCGGGUUCCGUGUUAGCCAAUCGCCUGUCGAAAGAUCCUAAUCUUAAAGUCCUUGUACUUGAAGCAGGAACUGAUGACCAACAGCCAUCUGCCGAUAUAUUGAAAGUUCCUAUGAUGUGUUGCAUGGCGCAAGAUACAGAAUAUGAUUGGAAAUAUUAUUCGGUGCCUCAAAAGCAUUGCUGCAAGGCUUUGGAGAGAGAAAGGAUGUUUAUGCCGCGAGGUAAAGUAGUCGGUGGAUCCAGUCAAAUAAACUGUAACAUUUACGUCCGAGGUCACAGAAAGGAUUAUGAUGGGUGGGCAGAAGCUGGAUGUGAUGGGUGGAGCUAUGCUGAAGUAUUGCCAUAUUUUAUGAGAUCAGAAAGCAUUGAACCAUUCGAUACUAUGGAUAAAGAUUAUCAUGGCAAAAGUGGUCCACUGGGUGUCAUUAAAAAUACCGUAUCAAAUGUGGCUGCUUUUUUGAUAGAAGCUGGUAAAGAAAUGGGGUAUAGAACUGGCGAUUAUAAUGGUAGAGAACAAAAAGGAUUCUUUAGUGUACAAACUACCGUCAAAGAUGGUGAACGGUGUAGCACAGCUAGAGCUUUCUUAUGGCCAGCGAUUAAAAGUCGCAAAAAUCUUCAUGCAGUUACAGGCGCCCAUGUUAAAAAGGUAAUUAUAAAGAAUAAGAAAGCGGUUGGUGUGGAAUUCUAUCAUCAAGGAACCUUGAAAUCCGUUUCUGUAAAUAAAGAAAUCAUUUUAUCAGCUGGUGCGUUAUCGUCUCCUCAAAUUCUAAUGCUGUCAGGGGUUGGACCAAAAGGACACCUGAAAAUUCACGGGAUACCAGUCAUAGCUGAUUUACCAGUCGGUGAUCACUUAGAGGAUCAUAUUAGCUUUCUUUUCUACUAUAAAACAAAAGAAAAUUUCUUUAAUUCUCCGAACAAAACACAAUCCCUGUGGACAUUGGCCCAAUAUAUGACAACAAAAUCAGGUAUGCUGAUUUCACCUGGAGGUCUGGAAUCAUUGGGUUUUAUAUCGACUGACGGUAAAACACCCGAUUAUCCGGAUUUACAAAUACAUGGUUUGAAUAUGCUGCUUGAUGAAGGCAUGAUACGCCACAUACUUCGAAUAGACCCAAAGUACAUGGAAUAUUAUUCUGGUAUAAACGACAUCAACGGUUUUGUGCUAUAUUAUACUUUAUUAAGACCAAAAAGUCACGGUACACUUCGUCUUAACACUACAGAUGCCAUGCAACACCCUGUCAUUGAUCCUAAAUAUUUAGAAAACAAGGAGGAUGUGGAGACCUUGCUUCGAGGUGUUCGCUUUUCACAAGAAAUAGCUAAAACCAAGAUCUUCAAAUCUCACGGAUCUGAAUUUUUCCAUAAACCAUUUUCGCCAUGUUUAAAAAAUACUAAAUUUGAUAGUGAUGAGUAUUGGCGAUGUUAUAUAGGAUAUUUCACCCUGGCUAUAUACCAUCCAACUGGAACUUGUAAAAUGGGGAGUACUACAGAUCCUACAGCAGUAGUGGAUCCGCAAUUAAGAGUUAAAGGUAUCAGUGGAUUAAGAGUAGCCGAUGCUUCAAUCAUGCCAAGCAUAGUAUCUGGCAACACUAACGCACCAUCUAUAAUGAUCGGCGAAAAAGCCGCGGAUAUGAUUCUAGGUCUAAAACCACCAACACCCAUAUCACAUUUAUAGUUUUAUUUAAACCGUUAUAACUAUUAAAAUCUUUAUAAUCAGAAUACAAAGUUUCCAUUAUACACUGUUAUAAUCAGAAUAAACUGUUAAAACUACAUGUAUCCAUUAAACACACUUAUAAUCAUGAUACCAAUUCACAAUUGUAAUAAACCAUUAAAUAGAGAAUCUCCUACCAGUCUUUUUUGAUAUCAAAAAAUAUCAACACAAGUUGAUAAAGUAACAAAAAACGAGGCUCUGCCGAUUUUUUUUUACUUUAUCAACGAGUGUUGGUAUUUUUUGAUAUCAAAAAAGACGAGUAGGAGAUUUUAUUUAUCACCCAAUCCCUUCUUACAUGCACAAAUAGAUAAAUAUAAUUCUUUGCUGUAGAUUUCACUUUUACUGAACAUUACGGCGUAGUGAUACAUCAUUUUUUGACAGCAAUUCAACCAUUGCAAAGUCCUUUAUAUUGACCCAGUGUUUCCAUCAAGGUCAAUUGAAUAAUAAUAGUUCAUUUUUAAUAAAAAAAAAAGUCACUUUUAAUAAUAAAUGAACUGUUCUUUGAAAAUAAAAAAAAGUAGUUCCUUUUCAACUGACCAAUCAAAUUCAUGUAAAGCGAUAUCUCCUAAGGAGAUAUCGCAGUAGAAUAUGUAAUAUAUCACACAAGCGAUAUCUACUGUAGAAUGUAUUAUUGGGUGAUAAAAUCUGAAUAAUAAACAGCUAUAAAUAUCAUAGGGCUGUUUAUAUAAGUUAAUGCUACACGCUGCUUGUGGUUUUGUAAUACUUUAUGUAACAAAUUUACAGCUCAGUAUUUCACCAAAUACAGAUGGUGAAAAGCGAGUAUUUUUUAAGCUUAAUAUAUUGAUAAUAAUAAUAAUAAUAAUAUUAUACAUUUAUCAUUGCACCCAUUCCAUCCAUAUUGCAUGUAUUUUUUAUGUCAUUUGUAUAUGUGAAAAUGAGUGGAGCGAUACGAUAAACUUACUUACAUAAUAAAUUAUAUUUUAGUCAUCCUAAAUUUGAUCCACGUCGAGCGAGACGGACAAUGUUCUGUUUUGGGGUUUCAGUUUCAAGACUCACUGCCAUUUUAAUACUGCAAUUGGUAUUUUAACAUGUGUUAUAGUACAUAUUUUGAUAUACAUGUAUUUACUUAUCUUAAUUGAUUAAUUGCUUUAAAGUGGAUAAGUGAUAAAUGUAUGUUUCUUUUAUGCAUAAUAUGAUAAUGUGAAAUAGCUUACAAUUGCACUUGAUCACAUAAUAUAUGCUUACUUUAUAUAUUCAACUAUUCAUUACUAGAUAAUUUGUAAAUGAUGUUUUAAUUAUGAUUUCAUAUAUCUUUAUUUGUGUUAUUCAUGUUCAUUCGUUAAUAAACCCAGAUCGACGUCAAAUAAUUAGUACUUAUGUUUCUUAUAGAUUAAAGCUUCUUGAAUAACAAGUAUUGUGAGAGCGCUGUGUGCUUCGACGUAUUAGAGCUACGCACCCCCCAACAUAAGAAAUCUUAAAAUACGUCAAGCUAACACAAAAGAAGCACGCUCGCACAUGCAUAAUGCUUUCGAUCUGCUUAAUGCUUUCAAUCUGAUUAAAAUAAGUGUAUUUUUAUUUUCGCUGUAUUCCGUAUUUUAUAUAUUAAAGGGCUCAAUAAGACUUUAUAACUAUAAAGAUGUGUUGCCAGGUAACGAAACACAUGCUCAUAGCGGUCCUGGCAGUCUAUAUAUGCAUUCAGAUUAUUGUAUAUGUAACAUGCAUGCAGACGUGGGGGGAGAGGCAUAAUAGUGAAAGCGAUACAUAAUAACAGACAGCUUUAUGGAUAAAAUUCAUUAAGUUUAUUAACUGCAACGUUCAAUAAUGAUACCUUCACCGUUAUCAAGCAAUUUCAGUUAAUAAACCUAGUGAAUGUUAUCCUGUAAUAAGCUGUCUGUUAUUGAGCACUAAUUAAAGUGUUAAAACACCUUAAAAACACUCGCUCGAAGUGUGUAAGAAAUUGAACCGAAGUGAUAAAAACAUUCUAUAAACACUCGCUUGAAGUGUGGAUACCAUGAAGAAACCAAUGACCACUACAGCUUAGAAGUGACAAUGAAAUGACACUUUACUUUCACUUCCACUUAUUGAAGUGUUCAAAGUGUACAUUUCAUAGGAGGUCACGGUGGCUAAGUGGGUAAGACGCUUGCUUGCUACCCUGGAGGUCGGGUGUUCGAUCCCUGGAUUGGCCGAGAAAGUUCAUCCAGAUUUUCCGCCGUGGGUCUCACUUGACAUUGUUUCAGGACGGAGGGCCUGACAAGGACAGCUGUCUAGUCGUUCGAAUGGGACGAAAAACCGAGGUCCCGUGUACACAUUGGCGUGCACGUAAAAGAUCCCUUGACAGUUGGAAUUCGAUAUACGAGGUACUAGUAUCAUUCGAGUAUCCUUCAAUAUGGGGUAAAGUGGACAACUGACAUAACUUCAGAAUUCUAAACCAUUAUAAUAUUUCAUCAUGAACCCAACUUGAAGAGUGUAAAGGUUGAGAAGAACCUGACUUUGUAAAUCAAAGUGACACCUUCAAUUUUAUACUCGGUAGAGGUUAAUUGUUCAUUAAUUUUAACUUUGUGAUACUUCCAAUGUUUAAUCUAGCCCAAAAUUUGGGACCCUCGUGCGGCGUCUGGGGGAUGGUUAUGCAGAUGAAAAUUUGUCUAGCAAAGCCGGGUUUGUACUCAAUGCCCCUGUUUAUUUCAGUUUGUUUCCAUAUCCCUUUUUUGGUGCUCCAGGGGUCCCCCGCAGCAUUCGAAUCUGAAUGUUAGGUUACGCAAUGACCAUUCACGUAGACGGAUAUUUGUACCUUGUUCGUUUGACCAAAAUGCUCGGGGUUGCCGGUCGAAAACUGAAUCGAGUGAUGACAAUGUUAGUUUGAGAACUUUAACUCUUUUGUCGAAAAUAUGUAGGAUUAACGUUAGCAAUGUGCACCGAAAGAUGAUAUUUCAAGUGUGAAUUAUUCAAUCAGUUUAAACAGAGGCCAAAGGUUAUGUGUGGUGUUGGGUUAUUUUGACCAUUUCCCGUUUAUAUCGACACAUUUUCAAUCCAUGAUAUCUUUGUAAAUACUGAACGGAUACACUAAACUUAUAGUCAUUUUAGAGAUUCGCUUUCCAUAUUUAGUUUGUAAGGGAUUAAAAAUUCCCAAAUUGAUGGGGGCCACGGUGGCUAAGUGGGUAAGACGCUGGCUUACUAGCCUGGAGUUCGGGUGUUCGAUCCCUGCAUUGGCCGAGAAAGUUCGUACAGAUUUUCUGGCGUGGUUCCGCCUUGUCUAAUCGCUCGAAAGGGACGGAAAACCGAGGUCCUGUGUAUACAUUGGCAGUUGGAAUUCGAUAUAAGACUAAGCCGUAGUGCCGCUACCCGGGCAAAAAUUCCCUCAUAGCACACUGUAUGGCAUAUAUCCGUCUUCAUUAGCCCUUUUCGGAGCAGAACAUAUCAUUUCAUUUCAUUUCCCAAAUUGAUGGCCAGAGAUUUUAAGGAGGAACAUAUUGAGGAAAAUUGUAUUUUAGAAUUUGUUUUAUUAUUAUCACACAAAAACAGACUAUU